AUGAGCGAAGAAAAGAUGCAGAAGUUACAGGAAACAGGGUUGAUAGAAUGGCCUGUAUUUUCCGAAUUGGUGGCCAUGGACGAAGAUGAAGAAGGCUUCUCCAAGGGCUUGUUUCAGACUUUUGUUGACCAAUUCCAAGAGACCUUCACCGAGAUUGACGAAAACGUCAAGUCCAAAAAUCUAGAAAAAUUGUCCUCGUUGGGCCAUUACUUGAAAGGCUCUGCUGCCGCAUUGGGGUUAUCGACCAUCUCAGAACAAUGCGAGAGAAUCCAAAACUACGGCCACAAGAAUAACUUUGAUAACGCAGGUACGUCGAGCGAGAAAGAUGAUACGAAGCAGCCGGACUCGUUCUGGAUUUCGCUAAUCGAAGAUGCUAUGGAGAAGGCAAAGGACGGGUUCCAAAAAUCGAAGGAGGCCCUUAGUGACUACUUUGAUGACGAAUUAUGA